UGGCGCGCAUGCGCGCGUGUGUGCGAGCGAGAGUGCGGCAGGCGGAAGAAGCUCGAGCUUUCUGACAGCGACUCCAGUGCAUCACGUGACUUCUAAGAAAGUAACGCCAUGGGGCUUACAAUAAUAAGCGCACGCUUGGCCAGCGUUUCUCAUUACUAUCAUCCGGUGAUGAAGAACACCACACUUUCACCCAUCACACCUCUCCGACUCGUCCUGCGUGGAGACUAAUCCCCCUCUCCAACACACACGCGCGUGUGAUUUCAUCUGGCAUGUCUCUCCACAUAGCUCCAGAGCUGCUGCAAUUCGACCGGAGAAGUGAGAGUGGAGAUGACGAUGAGAGAAGGCUGAAGAGAAGAGAGAAGAACCGUGUGGCCGCACAGAGGAGCCGAAAACGCCAGACGCAGAGAGCCGACGAGCUGCACGAGGCUUACGAGUGCUUGGAGCAGCAGAACAGCUUGCUGAAGAAGGAGGUUCAGCUUCUCCUCGAAGAACAGAGAUGCCUGGCUGAGGCUCUCAAGUUGCAUGAGCCUUUGUGUUCCGUUCUCAACAGCGAAGUUCUCCCGACCCCGGCUCCGAGAUCCUCAGCAGACGGAGUUCCUCCUUGAGUUCUCCUCACUUUAAUCUCCUCAUAUCAGACAGCUGUGGACUUGGUGGACAUUGCCAUUUUUUUUUUAUAAAAAAUACCACUUUCCCACAAAAAAAUUUUUGAUUACAUUUUUUUUACAUCAUAUUGAAGGGUUAUACUUUCAUCUCGCAUCAAAUUGUGUCAUCGCUAUGUGCUUUUUAUAGACGUGCCGAAUAAACUUUACCUUCUCGAUCUAGACCACUAAACCACCAACUAUCCAUCUGGUGCACCGCUGUUUAGCUCCUUUUGAACGAGUGCCAUGGGAGUGAACACUUCUGCUUUACACCAAACCAAAAAUACCCGCUUAUGGUUUCAGGAUUUCGUGUCGACCGUGAUGACUAUGAAGCCCGAUCUUGCGUAUUUAUAUAUUUUUUUACUUUUUUUUACAGUUACGUAUGAUUGUGUUUAUGUACCUGUGUGUACGUAUUUGUAGAUGAUGUUUUGUAGUGUGUAUCGAAUGUAUUUUUUUUAAUACGAUGGAUGAACCGACCAUCAAAAAAAAGCAAUAAGUCGACAAAAGUUUGUAUUUUCUACUUAAUAAAUUAAAAGCUAAACAAAUACAAGAGUCUGAUGCAUCGAUUGUAUCGUGUUACACAUGUAGCAUUGGACAUUUUUGCUAUAAUGUAUGUUUGGGAGGAGCCCCUCUUCAUGGCGUAUCACUUCUGUAAAAAAGAAACAGUCCUACACAUUUGAAGAGAAUAAAAUGCAGACACUUCUUUGUUUCUCUUCCAGUUUUCUCUUCUCAUUUGAAAAAAAAAAAUAAAAAAAUGAAUGCUG